AUGGCCAAAGCAUCCCAGAGGGGCUGGCUGUUGAGUAAGAAUGGAGAGCAACAGUUCCUGGUGCUCAGAGGAUCUACCCUUCGUGUCUUCAGCGCUGAGACAAAGAAACGGAAAAUUGGACUGCCCGACGUGAUCCUUCGCUUGGACUAUGCUGAAGUUGAAGCAUUGACGGGGCAACGCUUUGAAGUGCGCACCCAGACCCCUAGCAAGGCCAGCCACGUCUUCCAGGCGAAGUCAGAGGAAAAGACCCGCGAGUGGGUGAUGAACCUCUCCCAGCACAUCGCGGAGACCAAAACCAGGUUCGACCAAUACAUUCAGAUUCUGACCGAGGGCGGUACAGCCUACAAGUACAAUUACAGCAACUCCAAACGAAUGCGGCGUCACUUUUGGGUUGACCUGCAGAAGGUGGAGCUCUGUUGGUCCAAAGCGAAGAGCGAAGGGGAGGAGCCUCAGAUGAUGAGCCUUCGCGACAGUGUGGGACUGAUCUAUGGUCCCAUGACCACCACCUUCCAGCGCUGCGAAAACUUGGAGGACUUGCCAUGGACGUGUUUUAGCAUCCUUUUCUCAGAUCGCACGCUGGAUAUGGCGGUGCCAUCUCAAAUGGAGUCCUGGUUCCUGGGCCUGCAGUUCUAUUUGAUUGGACGCAGCAACUGCGUCUCGUGCAUCACUGAGGCGCAGUUCGUGUUUCGCCGUGCCUGGCCCAGCCUGACCUGGAUCAGGGGCACCGGGGAUAUGACGAGCCAACAAGUCGUGGUGAGGUUCCCCAAAGUCCCACGUGCAAGUCCUCAAGCCGCAGGCGACCGUUGUGGUAGCUUGGUGCAGGGCACCCGCUUCAAAUGCCUCGUGUGUCCUGACUUCGACCUCUGCGAAGCGUGUCUGCGAAAGGGCUGCCCGGUGAUGAAACCAUGCACAGCAGAGGCGGAAGUGCACCAGGAGAGCCACGAGUUGCUUCUGCUGCCCAAAGCCACCCCCAGCAGCACCGUGGCCGAGCUUUGCCGCGCCUUCCGCGGUUCCGCGUCGACGUCUGAGCUCGAGCCGAGUCAGGAGGGUCCAAUGGUCCUCUGCCUCUGUGGCGAGCGGAAGAGCUGCUGUGGCUGCGGCCGUCCAGCGUUGUGGCUCCCGGGCGGCACGGGGGCGGCAGCGCGAGCCACGCAGAUGGCGGAUUUGGAUCCAGUGAUCUCGGUGGAAAAUAUCUGCUUUAUGGAGCCCAUUUCCAGAGACACCUUUGAAGCGAUCUUGCAGGAGCAGAGCUAUAUCACCUAUGUGGCCGAAACCCCUGCGGGACGAUCUGCUGGAUAUCUAACGCUGGAACUUCGAGGUGACUCCCAGGGCUACGUCAUGAGCCUCGCAGUGCUCCCCGUGUUCCGUUGCCGCGGCGUGGCGCGGCAACUGCUUCAGCACGCGCUGCAGAAGGCGUUCCAAGAUGGUGCGAAGACGGUGAAACUCCAUGUGCACACGCAGAACGUGGGAGCCAUACGACUGUACAGACGCUGUGGCUUCGAAAUUCUGUGUGAAGCGUCAGAUUUCUAUGGCUCGGGCGAUGAUCUCCAGCGUGGAAAUGCUUACUUGAUGGGCUGCUCACUUGCCACACCUCAGGUCUAUCACAAGCUUAGCACCUCAGCGCACAAACAUGGCUACACCACUUGGGUCUACUUGACCUCCCGAGUGAAGGCUCUGGGACAGGAUGCCGCCUUUCGGGAGGCGCUGGAUCACGCGCAUGCGGGUGGUGACUUCACCUACCAGGCGAAGUGCGAUGUGGACCCUACGACGGAGGCCUUGGACGCCAAGGCGGAACGCCGCGCCGCGCGCGCGGAGCGGCAGAAGCUGCGCCAGAAGAAGGUGUGGCUUAUGGUGGCUUUAGUGAAGUGUCCGGAUUUGUUGCACCCGAAGUCAUCCGUGUUGAUGAGUGGCUUCAACGGGGCUUCAACUCUUUCUUGCCUUUCCCAUCCCUACUUCGAGAAGGAUACGUUGCAGUUGAAGCAUUUUUUUAGGUCUUCCCCAGACCUAUCCACCAUGAUGGCUUUGGCAGCGUUGCUGCCGCUGGCACUGGCCGAUGUACCCUUGGCCAACUUCGGAGCCAAGGGAGCCGCCUUUGAGUUUAAGGGACUGCGCGACCGGUCCAAGUCGGGUUGGAGCAAUUUUCACCUGGAUUCGGAGCAGCACGUGGCAAUCUUUGCGGGUGAGGUGGUCGAUGUUGGGCUCCAACCAGGAUUCAUCAAGGCAGUGGCCUCCGGCACCUUUCCGGAUGCCUCCAGCGCUUCCGCGGGUGCUGUGGUGUUGCUGGUGAGGAGCCGGACGCCGGAGCAGGAGCGAAGACCAGCUUUGGUAAAUCCGGAUGCCACCUCCAAUGCCGACAAUGAAGCUUUGAAGUUAGCACCAUGA